CCUUCAGUGAAGUCACAUCCUUCCCACAGUGUGGUGACCAGAACUGCAGCCGUUCCUCCCCAGUGAAAUGCACGGAGCUGAUGAAGGUGCAGAGCUGCAGAUUUCCCAGUGCAACUACUGCAUCACUGCAGAAAGCUGGUGCUAUGGAACAGCUGCUGCAGCAGGAGGGCAGUCAGAGGGUGAUCAUCAACGUGGCUGGCUUGAAGUUUGAGACCCACCUGAAGACCCUCGCCCAGUUUCCAGACACGCUGCUGGGGAACCCUGCCCGUUGCCUGCCCUACUUCGAUCCCCUGACCAACCAGUACUUCUUCGACAGGAACCGGCCCAGUUUCGACGCGAUUCUGUAUUACUACCAGUCAGGGGGAAGGGUGCGAAGACCCGCCAAUGUCCCCUUGGAUGUCUUCACCGAUGAGAUCAUCUUCUACCAGCUGGGCUCCGAGGCCAUGGAGCAGUUCAGAGAGCAGGAGGGCUUCAUCAAGGACGUGGAGGUGCAGUUGCCGGUGCAGGAGAACUUUCGGCAGCUCUGGCUGCUGUUUGAGUACCCCGAGAGCUCGGCAGCGGCCAGGGCAGUGGCCAUGGUCUCGGUCUUUGUCAUUGUCAUCUCCAUUGUCAUCUUUUGUCUGGAGACACUGCCGGAAUUCCGAGAAGAUCUGGACCUGGGCCCCUUCAGCCCUCCAGCUCAACACAACCAGAGCACCGAACCCGCCCCCAGUUCCUUCACCGACCCCUUCUUUCUCGUCGAAACGGCGUGCAUGUUCUGGUUUUCCUUUGAGCUGCUGGUCAGGGCCAUGGCCUGUCCCAGUAAACCCGACUUCUUCAGGAACGUGUUGAACAUGAUCGACGUGAUUUCCAUCAUCCCGUACUUUGUGACUCUGGUCACUGAGGUGGUCAAGCAACGGCAGGCCCCGCAGCCGGGCAACGGGCAGCAACAGGGGCAGCAGACCAUGUCCCUGGCCAUCCUGCGCAUCAUCCGGCUGGUCAGGGUCUUCAGAAUAUUCAAGCUCUCCAGGCACUCCAAGGGCCUGCAGAUCCUCGGGCAGACUCUGAAGGCCAGCAUGAGGGAGCUGGGGCUCCUCAUCUUCUUUCUCUUCAUCGGAGUCAUCCUCUUCUCCAGCGCCGUCUACUUCGUUGAGGUGGACGAGCCCCAAACCCAGUUCUCCAGCAUCCCCGACGCCUUCUGGUGGGCUGUUGUUACCAUGACAACGGUUGGGUACGGGGACAUGUGCCCUGUCACCAUCGGCGGCAAGGUGGUGGGGACUUUGUGCGCCAUCGCCGGGGUGCUGACCAUCGCGCUGCCCGUGCCCGUCAUAGUCUCCAACUUCAACUACUUCUACCACCGGGAGACGGAGAACGAGAAGCAGAGCAUCCCCAGCACAACCGAGGGGAAGGGGCUGAUCACGGCCAGAUCUGUCCCGCGGGACUGCAUCGCUUCCAUUAACAAAACCAAAGCAUCCUGAACCACGGAGGGAGAAGCAGCUGGGAGCAAUGACCCCCUUCCCCUCACCAGGAACGUAAUCUUCCAUACACGCAAACCUGACUCAACACACAUGUCCCUAUUGUUAUUAGGAAGCAGCCCUCCCCAGUCCCAUCCUGCCUCUUGUUCUGCCAUGAAAUAGCUGCCCUGCAUUCUAUGGAGAACGGUCAGGGUCCGGUUAUGGUGUGCUCGGGAGGAUUUAACUUGCAUUGUAUCUGUGAAUGAUGGUCUUUGGUCAGAUCAAGAGGUGCAGUCACGUCUGUAGGUAAUAGAUGCCAGGGGUUUAAAGUAGCAGUUGGUUUAUUAUUGUCACAUGUAUCGAGAUACAGUGAAACGUUUUAGUUCGCGUGCCAUCCAGACAGGUAAUUCCUUAAGUACAUUGAGGCAGUGCGAAAGGAAAACGAUAACAGAAUGCAGAUUAUAGUAUUACAGUUACAGAGAAAGUGCAGUGCAGGUGGACAAUGUGCAAGGGCCACGACAAGGUGGGUCGAGAGAUCAAGAGUUCAUCUUUAUUGGCUAAGAGGUCCGUUCACGAGUCUUGUAACAGUGGGUUAGAAGCUGUCCCUGAGCCCGCUGGUACGUGUUCGGCGUGGUACGAGAAUUGUGAUGGGAGCCGCGCCGCUCUGGCGUUUGAGAUGCUGCCUCAGGUCAGGACAACGGGUGGGUCAUGGACUGGAACCGCAUCUGAGAGGGGUCUAGUCUGUGGGGUGUCGGGGACGGGUUUGUGAAUUUUAGGUUUGGUCUCGUAUUAUCAGCAAUCAGACUUCAUUGUGUGUGGAGAUGGGGAUCUGGGUCAAGAAGGGGGUUUGGGAUUCAAGGUAGGGAUUAAGUGAGGGUCGUUGUCAGAGUUAGGGACAGGUUCAGAUCCCCCUCUAUGCGAAGGUUGGUGGGUUAGUUUCAAAUCAUAGUGUGGGACUGGCCAUCACAGGCUGUAGAAAGGAUCGUGGUUUUUUCUGCAUGGAUCAGUGAGGUUGGGGAUCAGGACUCCGAUAACUGAUGAGGCAUCUCACUGGGGCUGUGAGAGGUAAAGGCAUAGCGGGUGGGACAAAUGAUCGGAGACCUUCGGCAGCCUGCUCCAGGAUGCUUUGUGGCAUUUGUUCUAUGAUCUGUGAUCCUCUGUGCCAUUUGGAGAAACUCUUACUCUGUGACCUGGUGACACUCUGUAAUGCACUGAGACCCUCUUGCACUGUGGUGGUCUGUGACCUCAGAGACCAU